AUGAUUAAUGAUAGAAUAGAUGAUUUAUAUAAUAAACUACCAACAAACAAUGUUCUAUUGGUCAUUGGUCAACCAAAAGAAAGCAAGGAAAAAGUUCGCACCAACACUUGCUCAGUUAGUCACACAGUUCGUAAAUAUGCCACUGCAAAACCUACUACAUCCGAAGUAUCUUCAAUUUUGGAAUCACGUAUUCUUGGUGUUUCAUCUGGUGUAGAAAUUCAAGAAACCGGUCGCGUAUUAUCAAUUGGUGAUGGUAUUGCUCGUGUUCAUGGUCUUAGGAAUGUCCAGGCAGAGGAAAUGGUGGAAUUCUCCAGUGGUUUGAAGGGUAUGGCACUUAAUUUGGAACCAGAUAAUGUUGGUAUUGUGGUCUUUGGUAAUGACAGAUUGAUCAAGGAAGGUGACACAGUGAAGCGAACAGGUCAAAUUGUUGAUGUACCAGUAGGGCCUGCUUUACUUGGACGUGUGGUAGAUGCACUUGGUAAUCCUAUUGAUGGAAAAGGUCCAAUAGCAGCUACAGAAAGACGACGUGUACAAGUUAAAGCUCCUGGUAUUUUACCCCGUAGAUCUGUUCAUGAGCCUAUGCAAACUGGUAUCAAAUCUGUAGAUGCUAUGGUUCCAAUUGGUCGUGGUCAACGUGAAUUGAUUAUUGGUGACAGACAAACCGGUAAAACUGCUGUUGCAAUUGACACUAUUCUUAAUCAAAAGAAAUGGAAUGAUGGUGAUGAUGAAACCAAAAAAUUAUACUGUGUUUAUGUUGCUGUUGGCCAAAAACGUUCAACUGUUGCUCAAUUGGUGCAAACCUUGGAAGAAAAUGAUGCUUUAAAAUAUUCAGUAGUUGUGGCAGCUACAGCAUCAGAGGCAGCUCCACUUCAAUAUUUAGCACCGUUUUCUGGAUGUGCUAUUGGAGAAUGGUUUAGAGAUAAUUCUAAACAUGCAUUAAUUAUUUAUGAUGAUUUAUCAAAACAAGCUGUUGCUUACCGUCAAAUGUCACUGUUGCUUAGACGUCCACCAGGUCGUGAGGCUUAUCCUGGUGAUGUGUUUUAUCUUCACUCUAGAUUGUUAGAACGUGCAUCUAAGUUAAAUGCAGAUUUCGGUGCUGGUUCUUUAACUGCUUUGCCAAUCAUUGAGACUCAAGGUGGCGAUGUGUCUGCCUAUAUCCCUACAAAUGUCAUUUCUAUCACUGAUGGUCAAAUUUUUUUGGAAGCUGAAUUGUUUUUCAAAGGCAGAGUAGGUAGUGCUGCGCAAACUAAAGCUAUGAAACAAGUUGCUGGUUCUCUUAAACUCUUUUUGGCUCAAUAUCGUGAAGUAGCAGCUUUUGCUCAAUUUGGUUCUGACCUUGAUGCAUCAACACGUUAUACGUUGAAUCGUGGCGAAAGAUUAACGGAACUUUUAAAGCAACCUCAAUAUUCACCAAUUCCAAUAGAACUUCAAGUACCCUUGGUCUUUGCAGGUGUACAUGGAUUCUUAGAUAAAAUAGAUAGUAAAAGAGUUGUAGAAUUUGAAUCAUCGUUCCUUCCUCAUAUCAGUUCUAAUCAUGCUGAUGUAUUGGAUACGAUUAAAAAAGAAGGUGUCAUCUCGGAAUCUACUGAUAAAAAAUUAC